GAUGAGGACAAGCGGAGCGGGGGGGAGCGAGAGACUGAGAAGGGGAAGCAGCAGCAGCAGCAGCAGCAGCAGCAGCAGGAACCGGCUUUCUCAGCUGCAGGCAGCAAAAAUCCGACAAGGCUUCUCGCGCCAGGCAGCAGCUCCAGAGAGCUCGCUGAACCAAGCUCGGCUGCAGCCAAGGAAAUCGGGGCGGUCUCGGUGGGCAGUUUGCAGACAACUGCCGCUGCCCACUUGCCGCCUUCAGGCUGGGAAAGGACUGCGCUAGCCUGCUGUCAAUGCGGCGCAGCGACUCUGCGAGCGCCCAGUCCUCCGUUUCUGCGGAAGGGGGAGAUCUGGGGCCAAACCACGGCCGGCGAGCCGCUCCAGAAACAGCACUUCACAGGAAACGGUGGCUCUUUGGGUGUGCCAUGCUCGGACUGGCCACCGAGCUCAGUCAGGCGGCUGCGGCAGCGAACUUGCCAAGGUGGGGUCUGCCCGACGCCCGUCGCCCUCGGCCAGGGAGGGGCUCCUGUGCUCUCCGCAGCCACCAGGGGAGUUUAGCAGCUGAUCUACUGCCGGCUACUGUUAACCCUCUCGCUGCCGCACUUGGAGGAAAGGCAGCUGGGGGUCAACAAUAUGGAUGAAAGCUGCUGCAAAGAAAGCGUGUCUGGGAUUUCGGAAAGAGCUGGAAAGGACGGUUAUGAAGCUGGGGAAUCCGGAGAUUGCCAGGCGGUUGCUGGAGAGAGGCGCCGACCCCAACCUGAAAGACAGCGCCGGCUUCGCGGUCCUGCACGAUGCCGCCCGCGCCGGCUUCCUGGACACCCUGCAGACUUUGCUGGACUCCCAGGCGGAUGUGAACGUGGAGGAUAAGGAGGGCAACCUGCCGCUGCACUUGGCCGCCCAAGAGGGCCACCUGCCUGUCGUGGCCUUCCUACUGGAGCACACGGCCAGCAAAGUGGAGCACCGCAACAAGAGGGGAGCCACCGCCUACGACUUGGCCAAACUCUACAAGCACGACGCCGUAGCUCGGCUGCUCGAAGGCCACGGCGCUAGCAGCAGGCGGAGGGCAGGAGCCACCAGUGGGGACUAAACCCCCCCCCCCCCGGGGAACUCGGACAGAUCCCCGCCUGCCCCAUCAUCACUUUCUGUUUCUUCAUUUUAAUCAAAACGCAUACACAAUUGCAGACAAGGGGUGGGUUGUUGUUUUUAAAUGGACCUUAGAGGGGGGACCCGGCCUGAUGGUGUCUUUUCUUCUUUCAGUGCUUCUCCCCUCUCCCUCUCCUUGUUCAUCCCUCCCUGUUUUGAAAUAAACUGUGCAGGGCUCGCUGAGGUGUGCGGGCCUGAUCCACUUUUUUCCUCCCUUGAAAAAAAUCAGCUUGCUUAACAAUAUAAUACAAAAUAGAACAUGAAGGAAUGUAAAAUGAUGUGAAAAGAUUUAUUUGAAUAGACAGCUGAGUGGUAGCACUAACAAAGCUUAGGGAAAAUGGAUCCUGGUGAUAUUUGUUAUGGCUGAGCUACUGAGCUACUUUUGUGAAGGAAGAUCUGUAGAAAUCUGCACAUUUUCUUCUAGGGGUGUGCAUGUGUGCACACAAGUUUAACUGAUGAAGGUAAAAAUGGUUUGUUUUAAUCCUGGCAUUUCAGAAUAGUUACACAAUUUAAGGAAUAGUUAUUUUUCACACACUAGGUUAUAAAGAUCAAUCUGUCCAGUGUUCAGUUUCACAAACAGGGAGGUCCUGGAUGUAUGAAAAGCAAUAGGCAAGUGUACAAGUUCGCCCUCUUGCUUUUCACCAAACCAUAGUAGUUGCACAAAUACACCAGUUUGGAAUAAAGAUAUAGAAUGAUUGGCAAGAUUAAAAGUACUGUCUUGAAUGCCUUAUGACCCUUUUCAGAACAGUCUUGCUACCUUAAAUGUGUCAGCACUGCAGUUUUCUCAAUAGAUCUUCCAUUUGCUCCAGUUGAGUUAUUCCAGAGUAAGAAUUUCCUAUUAAGUUUUGAGAAGUUCAGCUAACCCUUGUUUUGCAGAAUCGUAGUGCACUAGACCAAUUAAGUGCUUCAAUUUAGCUGUUCUAAAUAAAUAUAUAUAAAUAUAUAUAUACUGAACACAUAUUUUAAAAUCAAAAAUGUGAAUGAAAAGUGGACUGCUUUGGUUCUUUUGUUUUCAGUUUUAAGCUUUCCAAGAGAAAGAAAGGGGUUGUUAAAAUGUCAUGUGUAUGCAAAUAAAUUACACCUAUUGCUGUUU